UGUAACUUUAAAUCUUCUAAAACUACAUUAAAUUAAAUUUCUAACUAUAUUAAUGAAACUUAAAGUCUUAGAAAGUGAAAAAUAUUUUCUUUUAAAUGGUUUCUUGAUUUAAAAAAAGUAAUUACUCAUUUAAUGUAACAACUGUUCCAAAUUUACUUUUGAAGAUGUUAAUGUUUUAUUAAUAUAAAUUUUAUAUUUGCAGUUUAAAAGAGCACCAACAUUAGAUUAUCAUCUUACUAUUUAUGCCAUUUGCCUUGGAAAUUUUGUAAUCUCAUACAUUUGGGAGGUAUAUUUUGUUCAAAAAUUCUUGUUUGAACAUGUUAUUCCCGCACUCAAAAAAAUGAAAGGUCCCAUUCAUCGCUAUGAAAAAGUUGAUCUUUCUAUUGGCAACAAUUGGCCACCUGUUGGGAAAUAUGAAACUAUUCCUUUAAAAUCAGAUAGUUAUUUAUCAUACAGUGAUGAAGUUGAUGUUGGAAUUUUAAGAAGAUCAUCAAAGUCAUUUCAGAAGAGAUGGUCACGACACAGUAGUGAUAUUCGCAAUUCUCUUAUAAUGGGUUUGAGAUCAUCUGCUUCAGAUUUUAAAGACAUAAAAUCAGAAUCUAAGACAACACAUACUUUUGUAACAUUUCAGGACAACUAUAAACAUAUAGUUCAAAAUGAUGAGAACAAUACAAUAAUUCCAGCACAAGAUUCAUUUGUUUAAUAUUAAUAAUAAAAGUGAAACCAUGUUGUGUUUAACUUAAUUAUUA